AUGGAAGCCCAAUUUGAAGAUUUUGAGCCAUUCCUUGAUGGAGAAUCAUACACUUCCCAGAAUGUUCAAAAUAUGAGUUGUUGUGAAGAAGCACCAGUUCCUAAAAAGAGACGGCUAGCUGGCGUCAAUCGUGGAUGUAACUUCUCAAUUAAGGAGGAUAAAAAUAUUGUCUCAGCUUGGCUAAAUACAAGCAUAGACUCAGUGCAAGGUACAGAUCAAAAGGCCAAGACGUUUUGGCAAAGAAUUGGAGCAACAUACAAUGCGAAUAAAGGCCCUAAUCAUAACGAGCGAACGGACCGAUCGUUAAGUAGCCGAUGGGGAGCCAUUCAACUUGCUGUCAACAAGUUCUAUGGAUUCCUAUCACAAAUAGAGGAUUCCCGACCAUCCGAUACCACCGAGAUUGACAAGAUACAAAUGGCUAAAGAAAUGUACCAUGAGAUGACAAAUACACACUUCGUGUUUGAUCAUUGCUGGAAUUUAUUGAGGCAUCAACCAAAGUGGUACUUGCAUAUGGGACAAUCUUCAUCAAAAAGAAAACAACCUGGUGGCAGCUCAAACAAGGUCCAUGAUACAAUAAAUUUGGAUGAUGAUAACAUCUCAGGAUCUUUUUAUGUUGAUCUAGAGAGACCAAUUGGUCGAAAUGCUGAAAAAGAACGAUGA